ACCCUCCUGCCUCCUCUUCCUGGCUACUAUGAUUUCCAAAACCCUCCCCCAUGACCGUUGGUCUCGUCCAUUUGCUGAUCAUUCAAUGUCCAUCUUCGACCUCCCUGAAGAAAUCAUCUUCGACAUCCUUUCUCGUCUUCCCACCAAAUCCCUGAUCUCUUUCCGAUGCGUUUGCACGUCAGCCCCUCCGUUGAUCUCUCACCCUUCUUUCACCCAGCGCCACCUCUCUUCCGCCGCCGACGCCGACCGCACCUUCAUCUACGGUGAAUCCCUCGAUAACAUUACACACUUCUACUCCCUCCGCUCUCCAGCCACCUACCAAGAAACCCUCAAACUUCAAUCCCCUUACAAUAGCGUUCAUGGUGGGUACCGACGAGUUGCCGGAUCCAACAAGGGUUUAAUCUGUUUGUUCGAUACAAAUGAAUAUUCAAGCAUCGGUACGCUAAUUCUCUGGAACCCUAGUAUUGACAAGUUCAAGAUUGUCGAUGGCCCUCAUAAUGUUCUCAAUGCAUUUUCCCAUUAUGUGUUGGGGUUUGGUUUUGUUUCCAGGACUUUGGAGUUUAAGGUUGUUGAAAUUAUUUAUAAUUCCAAAACGAAAAACAACACUGUGUUGGUUUACUCACUUAGUACCAACUCAUGGGAGAAAAAGGAACACGUGAGUGCACCUUGUUAUUUGACUAAUUGGUCUGAUAACGUCAACGUGUUUGUGAAUGGUUUUGUGAAUUGGUUGGUUUAUUUCGAAGCGACGGCGGGCGGCUCACAUUCAUAUGUUAUCAUGGCAUUUGACUUGGACAACGAGAGGUUUCGACUUCUUGACUUACCGAGAAAUAUUGUGCCUGAUUGUUAUAGUGAAGUAAGCAUAGCUUCAUAUGGGGAUACAUCGGCUUUAUCUUUGUCAUUCUGUGGUAAAUAUUAUGAGCAGGGUGUAAAAUUUGAUGUUUGGGUGAUGGGAGAUUAUGGAUUAGUGGAUUCUUGGAAAAAGGUUUUUGUGGUUUCGCUGUUUAGAUUGUCGAUUGCGCCGUUGUUGAUGAAAAGCGAACGUGAAGUUUUGAUUGUGAUGAAAGGUGGAAGGCUUAUGUUGCUUGAUGCAAUCGAGAAUGAGGUGCAAGAUCUCAAUAUGCGAGGUGCGGCUAGUUUUUUCCGUGCUAUUAGUUAUACUCCUAGUCUAGCUCUGCUUCAUGGUCAGCGGCGGAUUUACAGGAGGGUCAACGGAAUCAAACAUCUGCAGUCUUCUUUGCUUGAUUACGAACCCCUCUGUUAAAAACUUCUGGUUCCGUCACUGUUCAUGGUUGAUCGAGGGCAUACGUUUCUUUGCUUUUUGUUUAGUUAUGCUUGUUGGUUUAUUGUCAUUUAGGAUGUUAUAUAUUCUUCGCUUUUUGUUUAAUUAGGCUUGUUGGUUCACUGGCAUUUGGUAUGUUAUAUAGUUAAAAUAACUGAGUUUUAAAUGAUGUUCUUAGCUUUAAUGGGUUA